AUGUCUGGUUCAAUGCAUCUGUCUCGUCUUCGACGAUGGUUUCUCGCCUCGCCGCCCAUUGAGUUUGCCAUCAACAAUCUAAAGGAGCUUCUGGUGGGCGCACUUCGACAAGGCCCAAUCCCACAACAUGUCGCCUUUGUGAUGGACGGAAAUCGCCGAUUCGCCAGAUCCCACGGGAUUGAGACCGUUGAGGGGCAUAACUUGGGAUUUGAGGCGCUGGCUCGGAUUCUCGAAGUCUGCUACAAAAGCGGCGUCAAGGUCGUGACCAUCUACGCAUUCAGCAUUGAGAACUUCAAGCGCUCCAAAUUCGAGGUCGAUGCGCUCAUGGACAUGGCCAAGGUGAAGCUGUCGCAGAUGGCGCAGCACGGAGACUUGCUGGAUCGAUACGGAGCUCAGGUGCGCGUACUGGGGCGCCUCGACCUGCUCAAGCCGGACGUGCUGGCUGCCGUCAACAAGGCCGUCGACCUCACCAGCCGCAAUGGCGACCGUGUGUUGAACAUUUGCUUCCCCUAUACCUCCCGCGACGAAAUCACGACCGCAAUUCGCGAUACUGUCAACGACUAUAGCACACCUCUUCGUCCUGCGCCUUCCGCCAACGGCGCUUCCCGCGUGCCCUUUUCCGAGUCCCACAUCACGCACAAUAUUCGGGCGCAAACGCUCGGUUCAUCAAAAACUUCCGAUCCGCAGAGUGACUCGGAGUCCUCUUCUGCAGAAUCUUCGACACAUGACGAUGAUUCGGCAACUCGCAGCGAUUCUAUCGGCCGUGUGUAUGAGUCCGAAUCGUCCUUUUCGUCAUCCACGACCCUCCAUCUCGGUCCACAAGACGGCAGUCCAAUCAAGGGUGCCGGUUCGGAAACCACGUCAGGAGCCGAGAGCCCAAUGUAUCCGUCUCCGGAGACGAUCUCGCGUCAAAUUCUCACGGACAACAUGUUGACCAAGGGCACCCCACCGCUGGACAUGCUCGUGCGGACUUCGGGUGUGGAGCGUUUGAGCGAUUUCAUGCUGUGGCAGUGCCACGAAGAAACCGAGAUUGUCUUUCUGGAUGUCCUAUGGCCCGAAUUCGAUCUCUGGCACUUCCUCCCUGUCCUGUUGGGUUGGCAACGGCGUAUAUCCAAGUCGCGCCAGAAUCCCAAUGGCGAAGGUAAUUUUGCCGGUGAUAGCCCCGAGAGUAAAAGUCAACAGGGUAAUAUGAUUAUGCGGGGGGACAAGGUGAAAGCGACAUAA